AACUUCCCAAAAUAUCAAAACUUACCCCAAAUUCAUUCAACCCUCACCAUUUUCUGACUCCAACAAUGGCGUCUCUAACAUCCAUCGGAUUACCCGGAACCCUAACACCUUCCCCCAAAAUCCCACUCAAACCCCACCAGUACCCACAAUUCAGAUCUCUUAAGCAACGCCGAUUUCCCUCUCAAAAAAGGGUCUUUUCCAGAACUGCUAUUAAGGCCUCGAACCCAAGCGCACCCCCUGACUCCUCGCCAGGACUGUACUCUGCCCAGAAAUUCGAGCUCACCGCUCGAAACGUGGACUUGGUUCUCGAGGACGUUCGGCCUUAUCUCAUUGCCGAUGGUGGAAACGUCGACGUUGUGUCUGUUGAAGACGGCGUCGUAUCUCUCAAACUCCAAGGAGCAUGUGGGAGCUGUCCUAGCUCAACAACUACAAUGACGAUGGGGAUUGAGCGAGUACUAAAAGAAAAGUUUGGAGAUGCAGUGAAGGACAUUCGUCAAGUAGAUGAUGGUGAAGUAAGGGAGACAACUGUUGAGGCAGUAAAUGGUCAUCUUGACAUACUGAGACCAGCCAUUAAGAACUAUGGUGGGAGUGUGGAAGUGUUGUCUGUUGAAGGAGGCGAUUGCCUUGUAAAGUAUGUAGGGCCUGAAUCCAUUGGAACCGGAGUUAAAGCAGCGAUUAAAGAGAAGUUCCCAGAUCUUGUGAAUGUUGUAUUCACUGACUAGGUUGCUCACUAUGUUAGAAGCUCAGCUAAUUUGUUAUAUGCUCUGCAUUUUCCAUCGGUUCAGGAAUCACUUUCCUAGACAUAGUUAAACUGCAUUCUCUGAUGCGAACUUGUCUUGCGCUAUAUAUCUUAUACCCUGUUUACAAUGGAUGUUUCCUCUGGCUCAUAGUCCACAGUCGACGGUUUCCUUGCUUAAUGAGUUUGUUAUUGUUCCGAAUGAGUUUCCCCAUCCCUUGUUGGUCUUCAGUAAAAGUUGUUGUCCCAAUUGGUUCUCUUGGUUGGAUAGAUGUAUAUGUAAAUUUACCGAGAAAUAUUGUUUGGAUAUCUUUUUCGUGCAAUUUGGUGCCACUUUGGAGAGCUCUCAA